CCCCCAGGGGAGGCCCAGCCUCUGCCAGGGUGGGGCCGCUGCCCUGUGUUGAGGUCUCAAGGUGGCGAAGAUUGAGGCCAAGGCUGGGGAAUGUCCAGAGCUCAGGAAGCUGGACUGGGGGGGCAGGGGCGGCACAUCUGAAGCCGGUGGGGACAAGGCCAUGGGGAAAGGGAGGCUUUGGUGCCCAAUCCAGGAGUUGGUGGAGUUACUGCCGAGGACUGGGGAGGGGGAGCCACGGGGCAGGGAUGGGUGCCAGAGAGAGGGUAUCCAGGCACGGCCCCAGACUCCUCGCCAACCAGGGGCCCUGCCCCAGAGAGGUCAGUGGGGCACCGCCAGCUUCUGGAGCCAAAGAUGUGCAGGUGUCCUGGGCUCCUGCUGCUGCCGGCGAUGCUGGGCUCGCGGGUGCCACCCAGGUGGCCUUCUCCAGGCCCCAGCAUCUGUCACGUGGUCACAGGGCUUGGGGCCUGGGGGAGCCAGCUCCUGAUGCAGGGGCCUAGCAAACAGAGAGCUCAGGGAGCACAUUAGAGCCCGUGAAGAGGUUUGGGGUGCUGGGCGGGCCCUGCCUCGUGCACACGAAGCUGGUCAGGCUUCUGCCAAGCUUUGGCAACUUGGGAGAUGUUCUAGGCUCUGGGGUUUGUGGGGCAGGGCUGCCAGUUUCCUCCGAUCCAGCCAGCACAAGGUGGCAAAGGCAGGCGACGGCAUGUGGAGGGGUGCAGGCUUCCUGGGGGGUGCUUCCUAGAAUACUUCCGCCUCUCCAGGUAUCUGACCAGACUGGCUCUUCCAGAUCCCUAAGUUUAGGGCAGUGACCUGUUCACUGGGUGAGGAUGACAGGAUUUGGGGCACAGGCCCUGGGGAGCAUGAGGCUUGGAGAGAGAAAGACUCCGGAACACCCACGUGGCCCAGUACAGCAGCCCCGGGUGCCCACGGGUCACCACUUCUCAGCUGCGGGCUUCCUAGGUGCCAGGACCCAGAGGGCCCACCCCAAGCAUGGCAGGCCUCGGCAAGGGCGCCGGGGAGGCAUCCUCUGCCCCACCCCGGAGCUGCCUGAGCCGAGAGGUGGUGACGGCUCUCCCAAGCAAAGCAUCCCCCGGAUGUCUGGCUAGGUCGGAAUGCAAUAGGGCAGCCCAGCCCCUGACCCCAGGCCCUGCCUGGCCACAUCUGCUUCUUCAGGGCUGAAUCAGGUGAGGCUUUAGCUCACGCUUGGGCCCAGACUUCUGGCCCCUGGCCGCUGCUGGGGCCUCCUCAGGGCUGGGUACACUUCUGUGGGGUUGCCCCACCCAGAGGGGUUGGAGGUCAGGAGUGAAGGGCCCUUCUCCUCUCCUGGCAGAUCCACCAUGUCCCUUCUCCAGGGCCCUGGUGGCAGAGCCAGACCCCAGACACUCAGGCCUCAGGCUGGCUACUCGUAGCCAGCAGCAAGGACAGGAAGGCCCUUCACAAGCCCCUGCUGUGUGCCACGCUUGGGGAUGCCUCUGCGUGGCUCCCCAACCCACACACGCAUAGAGCAUGAGCUCACACGCAUGCGCCGCCACGCCUGUCCCGGUCCUGCCUGCCCAGGGCGAACUUCUAGGUCAGGCCUGGGCAUGACUUCCGGGGAGCCAGUGGCAGGGGCCGCAGGCUGGGUCCCGCAGAGUAGCUUGGGGUGCGCAGCUGCCAUGGCUUGGGGAGUAUGGGGCAAGGCCCGGGGGGGCCCUGUGGGGGCCCUAACCCUGACAGCUCUGGCUGAAGGGAUCCAGGCCAACCAGGGACAGCCCCCAGGACCCUCUUCUAUUGACCUUCAGCUGGAACCUGAGCUUGAACCACAGGCGGAGCCUAUGGGUGCCAUUGCCGUCCCCACAGCUGGCCCUGCGCCCUGCUCCCUGCCCAGGGUGCAAGAGGCAGCCCCCAAGGGGCUCUACCAGGACCCCCAGAGUUCCUGGGAGGAGGGGGCCCUGGCUGACCUGGCACUGUAUGCGGCUGCCAGCCUGGAAGAGGCUGGCUUUGCCGGGACCCAGGCAACAGCCCUCAUGCUGGCCUCAGCCCUGGAGGCCCGGGGGGAGCGUCUGGAGGAGCAGGUGUACGCCCUGGUGCGCGGGCUGCUGGCACAGGUGCCCAGCUUGGCGGAGGGGAGGCCCCGGCAGGCGGCCCUCCGGGUACUGAGCGCUCUGGCCCUGGAGCAUGCUCGGGAGGUGGUGUGUGCGCUGCUGCCCAGCUCUCUGCCCCCUGACCGGGUGGCCGCCGAGCUGUGGCGCAGCCUGAGCCGGAACCAGCGCGUGAACGGGCAGGUGCUGGUACAGCUGCUGUGGGCCCUGAAGGGCGGAGCCGGGCCCGAGCCGGAGGCACUGGCGGCCACUCGUGCCCUUGGGGAGAUGCUGGCUGUGUCCGGCUGCGUGGGCGCCACUCGGGGCUUCUACCCACACCUCCUGCUCAUGCUGGUCACACAACUACACCAGCUGGCGCGGCGUGCGUCCUCCCCUGACACCCCCAGGGCUUGGGCCCCAUCGCACCGAGGGCCGCCGCACAGCGACGCCAGCUGCGCUGUCGAGGCCCUGAAGGCCUUGCUCACCGGGGACGGUGGCCGCAUGGUGGUCACGUGCAUGGAGCAAGCUGGCGGCUGGAGGAGGCUGGUGGGAGCCCACACCCACCUCGAAGGCGUCCUGCUGCUGGCCAGUGCCAUGGUGGCCCAUGCGGACCACCACCUGCGAGGCCUGUUCGGGAACUUGCUGCCGUGGCUGCGUAGCGCCGACGACACGCGGCGCCUCACGGCGAUGGCCUUCUUCACCGGGCUGUUGCAGAGUCGGCCCACGGCAGGGCUUCUGCGGGAGGAGGUCAUUCUGGAGCGGCUCCGCGCCUGGCAGGGUGACCCGGAGCCCACCGUGCGCUGGCUGGGCCUGCUCGGCCUCGGCCACCUGGCGCUGAGCCGCGGGAAGGUGCGGCACGUGAGCAAGCUGUUGCCCGCGCUACUGGGCGCACUGAGCGAGGGCGACGCGCGGCUCGUGGAUGCAGCGCUGGGCGCGCUGCGGAGGCUCCUGCUGCGGCCUCGGGCGCCCGUGCGGCUGCUGAGUACCGAGCUGGGGCCGCGCCUCCCGCCGCUGCUGGACGACGCCCGGGACUCGGUCCGCGCCUCGGCUGUUGGGCUUCUUGGGACGCUGGUGCGGCGGGGCCGGGGCGGGCUCCAGGUGGGGCUCCGCGGCCCUCUGCGGAAGCUGGUGCUGCAGAGCCUCGUGCCACUGCUCUUGCGCCUGCAAGAUCCCAGCAGGGACGCCGCUGAGAGUUCAGAGUGGACCCUGGCCCGCUGUGAUCAUGCCCUGCGUUGGGGCCUGCUGGAGGAGAUGGUCACUGUGGCCCACUACGACAGCCCUGAGGCCCUAAGCCGCAUCUGCCACUGCCUGGUUCAGCAGUACCCGAGUCGCAUACCCAGCUUCCUGAGCCAGACCCAGGGCUACCUGCGGAGCCCACAGGACCCCUUGCGCUGGGCAGCUGCUGUGCUCCUAGGUGAGGCAGGACUGGAGUCCCACUGUCUCUUGAACUCAGAGCUCUGGGAGCUGGACAGCCCCUCCCUGCUGGGUCUGGGGCCAGCACUCACUGGUUCGCCUUGGUCCAGGCUUCCUGGUCCAUCACACAAGCCCCAGCCACGUCAGCCAGGACCUGCUGGACUCCCUGUUCCAGGGUGGCGCUGCUGGCCCGCGCACAGCCGGGGCCGCGCCGCCCGCGUCUCCUCGGCCUGGGCUUCUGGCGCCGCGCGAGUCCCCACCGGCCGCCCCCAGUCUAUGGGAACAGUCCGUUCCAGCCCCGGAGCGUCGUGGGCCGCUGGGGCUGCUAGGGAUCCGGCGGAGCCUGACCCCAAGCCAGCCAGCCCCGGGGGUGGCUGGGGUCUGACGCAGGCCCUGCACUGCUCCGUCUUGUCCUAAGGGGGUGGGGGUGGGAGUGGGCGGUGGCAAUCUGCAGAAAGGCCUCCGCUGGAGGGGCCCCCUGGGUCCUGCACCGGAUGCUGUGAGCAAGCCCCCUCCUCCCUCCUGCGCACAAAUGCUCCGGGCAGGCGCGGCCACGAUGGCCACGUGAGCUGGGAUGGUGGCGCUCCUAUUGGAGCACCGUUUCAGCUUGAGUGACUCUGUUCGGGCUCAAGCCAGACCUGUUGCUGGGGUCUGGUGGGGACCCUGUGACAGCGGCCCAGCCCCGCGAGCCGGUGCCCUGGCCGGCUGCCUGGUUCCUGGCUCUCUGCGCCCAGGCUGACUGCGGCUCCCUGGUGUGACUUGGCGCUCCUCCCCGCAGCCCAUCCCCCUCCCAUGUGUCCACUCAUCACUGGCCUGUCCCCACAUCCCCACACCCUCACCCCUGCUAUCCUGCCAGACCACACCUGAGCCUUCUCCAGAAGGUUUUCUGGAGCUCCCCACCAGACCCCGUAGGCUUGAGGGGAUAGCUGUGGGUUCAGGUGUGGGGUGCCAACAUCUGUACCCCACUAUACGGAGCCCUCAAGCUGCUUCCCACCGCCCUGCGUGGGCUUGAGCGAGGGCAGCAUGACUGAGCAUCCAGAGAAACAGCCCCUCUGUUGUGAGUGAGCCUCUCUGGGCCCUGCCCGGCCGGGUCCUCCACCCUGAAUGCCUACCUUGAAAUGCCCUCUUACCAUUCAAGGCCCCCCAGCUAACCCCCUCAGAGAGGUCUUGGCUCACACAGCCUUUUGGAGGGGCUACAAGCAGUGCCCCCAAACUGGGGGCCCCUCGGGGUCCUGCCUACCCACGUUGGAAAGUGUUUAAGAUUAACAUGGGUAGGUUAAAAGGGCCUGGUAUCUGUCCUGAGACUGGUCUAGGCCAAGGACGAAGUUCUGAUGACUGUGUGGCCUGGGCCAAGCUCGGGCUGGGGUUAUGGAUCAGACGGUGUGCAGCCAGGAAUACGGGUCAGCCGGCUUCAGGGUCCAGGCCCGUGGCCAGGGUCACACAGGGCUUACCUUGAGUCAAAGAGCUCAGGCAGGAAGGAGAAGGGGUCUCCCUUUUGAUCAUUUCCAGGGCCAGGCAGGGUCAGGCCAAGGGCACGUGUGGUUUGGUGUCUUCGUUCAGAGCCUCCGAAGCAGAUCCCCAAACCAGAUUAAAGUACAGUCAAACCUUGGGUCAUGACAAACUUGUUCUGCAAGGGUUCCGUGAGCCGAGCAAACGUUUCUAAUAAAUUUUAACUUGAUAAGUGAA